GCCAACGCGCUCAAGAUGACAAUGCCUACCCCUUCGACAUUUGCAUUCACCACGUGCUGCUCGACGAACACAUGCCCCUCCCACCAGGAACGGUGAACCCUCUCCUGCUGCAUAUGAUCCGAUUCAGGUAAGUAACCCUAAGCCAAGAGGGGGGGAUCGCUGUUGGGUUAUGCCGCCUUGGCGUCCCCCGGCCAUCCUCUUGACUAGAGAAGUAUGCCAGCUGUUGUCACCGUCGUUGGAUUCGACUCUUUCCAUCUCUCAGUCCGCGAAAUUUUCUGUCCCGCGGUCCAGAAUGCCAGCUUUGUUGCAACGAGUAACUGCGGCGAAUGCGGUGUUUGAUGUUUGGGUAGCACUCACAGCUUCACAUUCUGGUUUGUAUUCCUCUGGGUCAGAAAGCCUGCAAGCACGAGAGGGUUUCGGGUGAGACACCGCCAAAGAACCCUCGCCUUGUAACACGGUGCUUGACGAUGUUGCUGUUACCUACUGA